AUGCCAUCACCACCACCACCAAACCACCUCAUAAUCGUCUGCGGACACGCCAUCUGGCUCGGCGGCCCAGCAAACGGCUGGGACGAAUCCGAAUGGCUCAUUGAGCCCUACAAGAAGGGCGAAACGCCCACGUUCAUUGCCCACAUCAAAGCAGGCCUCGAAGAACUAGCCAAAGAUGACGGCGCGGUGUUGAUGUUUUCCGGCGGCCCAACCCGCCCCGAAACACGCCUCUCCGAAGCCCAAAGUUACUACAACCUAGCCCUCGCCAACUCCUUUUUCGGCCUCUCACCUUCUUCCUCUUCUGCUGCUGCCCCCUCCUCCUUUUCGAACCGCAUCUUCCUAGAAGAACGCGCCCUAGACUCCUACUACAACAUCCUCUUCUCCCUCAUCCACUACUGGCGCGUCGUCCACCAUCCUCAGCACGCCUGGCCGGAGCGCAUCACCAUCGUCAGCCACGCGUUCAAGCGGAACCGGCUGGUGGAUGGGCACUGCGCUGCUAUUUUCGGGUUGAUUCCGUCGCAGCUGGAGUUGGAGAAAAGGGUGAGGUUUGUGGGGAUUAAUCCGCCUGGGGUUGAUGGGGUUGGUAGCGUUGAUGGGGAUGGGGGGUCGAAGGAGAAGAAGGAAGCUAUGCAAGGGGUGCAGUUGGCGCUGGGACAGUGGGCUGAGGAUCCGCAUGGGGUGGGGGAGGAGCUGGCUGGGAAGAGGAGGGCGAGGAAUUGUUGGGGGUUGGAUCAGCGGUUGUUCUUUAGUGAGGAGGAGAGGAGGAGGAGUGGAGUUGAGACGAGGAUGUUGGAAGAUGGGAGUGAAGCGUUGGUUGAUGGGGAGAAGCCGAGGCCUUGGGCGAGGUGA